ACUAAACAUAAUUCGACAACAUUGACUAAAUGUUUGCUAAGAAGUAUUCCCUACUAAAGCAAGGCGGUAUUUGACUCUGGUAAGUAUAUACAAAGCAAACUGAUAGGAGUGGUCUUGGAUGGCAGCAUGCCCAGUGCAUUAUGGGUGUUGAAAUUUUCUUGCCUAUUUGGCAAAAGGGAAAACAACAGCCUUCUUUCUCUGUUCUAGCACUGAUUUCAAAAAAUGUUUUUCAUUUCUCUUGUAUAGGCAGUCAAGUUUUAUUGAAAGCCAAUAUUCAAGUGGUGAAGUACCCCUUUAACAAAAUAACAUGUGAUGAGUUAAGGCAGGAACACACCAAGCCGUCGGUCAGCCGUCGGGCAGUUUUUGUUCGUCGGCCGACUAAGUUUUCUCAGUGUGUUCCGCACCGUCAGCUGAAGUUGGUCCUCGUUAGCUUUUUUUCAGCCAAUUCAACAUGUUGAAUCGACGUCGGAGCUCGUCGGUCCGUCGGUCCAUCUGAUCAUUCUGAUUGGCUGUUCAGCUACUGCCACCUGCUGGUAUGGAAAGGCAUUUCAUCCGUCAUUUUGGCCGUCGGCUGUCAAGCGUCGGUUUGGUGUGUCAGGGCAACUUUGGACCAAGACGCUGCCGACGUGAACCAGCCCCGCAGUCUGCUUUCAUCGCCACUAGUUUGUUGGCGUCGGCUUGGUGUGUUCCUGCCUUUAAAGCAACCAUGCCAAUUUAGCUUGCUUCUAAAACUGUUUGAGCUCUUUUAUCAUGACUCAUGUUUCAUGGGACUUCUACACGAGCACUUCACAUCGCAAGUGCAAUACUGUACCAGGCGAGCUACCAAGCAAUUUUAGGUAGAGGCACAUUUUUGCCUCUUACUAUGGUUCUAUGGUUAUUGUUAAAUAUUAACCAAUAUCCAAAUAUUCAGCCAUUGUUGUAUUGCAGUAAUUUAUGCAGUAACUUUAUGUAAUAAAGGUCACUGCUAUAUAGAAAAUAACAAUUAAUUUGAAAAAAAAAAAAAAAAAACUUGUUGAGGGUAAAACUGACCUUCAGGGUCAAAAAACCCUCCUUAAAUGUGGGUUCGGGUGUUUCAGUAAAGUAAUAGUCCUCAGUGCCUAGUUUUUUAAUUCAGUUUCUGAGAGAUUAAAUCAGAUCCCACCCCAUUUUUUUCCAUCAUCCUGUUUCAUCUGUAAAUGUAUCACAUUACGGAAAUUUAAUGGAUUGGAAAAGCAGUUUUAUGAUGACUUUAACAGGAGAGAAGAUGAGACAUUGAUAAUCUUUCAUUCAAAAAAGAAAGAAAGAAAAGAAAGUUUUUGUCCAAUGUUCUGAUUUGAUUCAUGAUGGACCUGGAAAUUGAGCCAUAGCGUCUGUAAACUGAUCAGAGAUCAGGGAAGUGAGAUGAUCGGGUUGAGCGCUCAAGUUCUUAUCCAGGUGUGUCAUUACAGGUAACCUGAGCAGCAGGGUAAGGGCUGCUGAUGUAAAUAGACUCAAUUAAUGUGGAAACAAAACACUGCACGAACAGUAGAGACCACAGAAAGUCCCUCAAUGUGAGACAGACGGUCCUGUUAGUUUCACUGCUGGCUGCAGUUAUUGGCAAUGCCAUGUGUCCUUGUAAACUAUAUCAUUUGAUGUUGUUGACAAGAAGUGGACGCUUCUAGAGUUGCAUGCGAGAGUUAAUUGAUACGCAGAUGGAUUCAUUCUAUAGAACAUGAGGUUUGUUUGAAAUGCUGACGGGGUUCUUUUGGUACAGGAAAGGCUCAGAUGUGCUUCACCCUGUGCAGAUGAUGAAGACCAUUCUAUUUUUGGCCCUCCUGUAUGGGGAUAUCCGGUCUGCAGUUUGCUCUCUCACAAGCACACACACAUGCACACUUAGACACACACGCAAAGAGGUGGUGUGACUGCGAGGGAGUUCUACGUUCCUGGCUGUUCUCAAAUUCCAAUUUAAGCUCAAAGGGAGGUUUGAUGUCUGCAUAAAGGGAUAGGUCUAUGCAUCCCAUCCUCCAGCAUUAAUGUUUAAUACAGAACACCAUGGAAGGCUUCAGACUGCAUAUCUUUCUCUUUAAAAAUCUCCAACGCUACGACCGGCCCAAAUUCCAGAUGACUGACAUCUGCCGUCCCCCAGGAGAAAACUCAUUUAACCUGCUUCCCUUAGCUGCCUUCAGGAUUUGACUACAAAUUUGAAUGUUAUGUAAAUCACCCUGGAUUAGGAUUGCUGUCCGAUAAUCAAAACAGAGGAUGGGUAUGUACGAACCAGCAUUUCCUGCUCCAUCUCACCUAGUCAUGGUGUUUUAAGCACAGCAAAAAUCACAUCUUUGAUUAUAUUGAUUCAAUUGGCGGGGGAGGGAAUUCAUCAAACACCUAUAUUAUUGGGAUUGAGAAAGUCUCACAGCUCUAUAACUCAUUCCACUCUGGCAGACCACUGUUUGGCAGUAAUCUAGCUAUUCACACAUCUGCUUGAGGAGCAAUUAGUUUGAUUGGAAUUUACACUGAAUCAGAAGGAUGUCGGUGGGACACACAACUGCCCAUCAGCUGCUGGAGCUGCUCCACGUCCCGUCCCCCAGCCUGACACUCUCAUCAGUCUGAACCCAUCCCUUUGUCGCUGGGGAUUACAGUUUAAUCCUCCAACUGAUUCCUGUCCUUUUCCCCCUCUGUCUCAUUCUCAAACAGUUUCUUUUUCUCUUAAAUGUUGUAGAGCCAUCACUUCAACAACUGUAUCCUUGAUGAAGCCACCCACUUGUGUGUGUAUAAAUCACACAAAGCUGUCGUCUGGGAGACAACAAGGAACAUUGUCCUAGGCCCUUUGACAAGGAGGUCCACUAAGAGUGCAAAUGAUGUGGGCUGUUUGGCUCUUCACUGAACUGUGCACGAGAUCCUGUGGGAUCUACCUUCGAAUAAACACCUCAAUGCCCAGCACCCAGGUAUCAGGCUAACGGUGAAACAACCAUAGCUUCGUCCAUCACUUCGAUCAGCUUUCCUUUUCAAUGCCAUCAUGCCAAUCAUCAGCAACGCCAAUCAUGACUUCAGCAACCUCUCGGUCAGUGACGACAGCAGCUUGGACCACAUCUUUACUGAGAUCCCAGAAACCGAGACCAUCAAGGGAGUGUAUUAUCAGCGUGCUCAGUUCAUUCGCCGAUCGGAAGAUCUGCUUUCGGUAGACCACGGCCUGCAGGCCCUCAUCAACGUGGGGGGCAACCGUUACACCUUCCCUUGGAGUACGCUGGAGCAGUUCCCCUUGACACGCUUAGGACGUCUAAAACCCUGCAGCAGCCCUGAGGAGAUCGCUUGCGUUUGUGACGAUUACGAUGAAGCCCGCCGUGAAUUUUUUUUCGACCGUAGCCCCAGUGCGUUUCGUAUAAUCCUCAACUUCCUAGCAGCAGGAAAGCUACGAAUGUUACGAGAGAUGUGCGCACUCUCGCUGCACGAGGAGCUCAACUAUUGGGGCGUGGAGAUGGCCUACAUGGAACGCUGCUGCAAGCGCAAAAUGUACACGCGCAUUGAGGAGGUCGCCGAGCUUGAGCGGCGGGAGGAGGAGCGCCGUCAGCGCAGUAUGCAGCUGCGCCCUCCUGUUGUGGAGACACGUUACCGCAAGAUCAUGAACGAUCUGAGGGACAUGGUGGAGAACCCUCAGUCGGGCUUGCCAGGAAAGAUCUUUGCCUGUUUUUCUGUGGUGAUGGUGGCGGUGACAGUGAUCAGCUUGUGCAUCAGCACUAUGCCGGACCUCAGAGAGGAGGAGAAUAGGGGUGUGUGCUCCCAGAAAUGCCAGCACAUGUUCAUCGUAGAGACGGUGUGUGUGGCCUGGUUCUCCCUGGAGUUUCUGCUACGGUUCGUGCAGGCUCAAAGCAAGCUGGAGUUCCUCCGUGGACCUUUGAACAUCAUCGAUGCCAUGGCCAUCCUGCCCUACUACGUGUCUCUGGUCGUGGGAGAAACCCCCGAUGAUGACAAUGAGCGACCCUCUGGAGGUAAGGGCUACUUGGACAAGCUCGGGUUGGUACUGCGGAUCCUACGUGCCCUUCGGAUCCUGUACGUGAUGCGGCUGGCCCGCCACUCUCUGGGCUUGCAGACGCUGGGGCUGACGGUGCGAAGGAGCAUGCGCGAGUUUGGCCUGCUGCUGCUCUUUCUCUGCGUAGCCGUGACGCUCUUUUCACCACUGGUGCACCUGGCAGAGAGCGAGCUUACCGGAGCGCAGGAUUUCAGCAGCAUUCCCGCCUCUUACUGGUGGGCAAUAAUCUCUAUGACUACAGUGGGUUAUGGGGACAUGGUGCCCAGGAGCAUCCCCGGUCAGGUAGUGGCGCUCAGCAGCAUUCUGAGCGGGAUCCUAAUCAUGGCCUUCCCAGCCACUUCCAUCUUCCACAUGUUUUCCCGCUCCUACCAGGAGUUGAAACAGGAGAAUGACAGGCUUUUUAAGGAGGAGUGCGCAGCAGCCGCAGCUGCUACCGCAGGAGCCGAGGAAGAGCAGGAUGGAGGAUGGGUGGACUUUCCUCCUCCUAGACUAGUUCUUACUCCAGACACCGAGACGCCAGGCUCUGUUGAAGACCUUUCUCUACUCGGGAAUGGUGGAGAGACUUCCGGGAAUAACAAGCACCCGUUACCAGCUGGAGCCUUUUAAGUGAUGCACAACCAUUGUACUCUUCUCUAGAUCAAACCUGUUUUUCCCUGCCCUCAUACUGAACCCUUUUGCAGUGGACAGGGUGAAUUUUCAUGAACGGCUCCGUCUAAAGAGUUAAAGGGCCUUGAACAUACAGUAUUUUGUCUUCCAUCAGCCACAAGCUGACUAUCUCAGUGAAGUACUAUUUCCUUCAUAUUUACACUGUGGACUUACGUCAGAUUUAGCACUCCAUGAAAAUCCAUGCAAUAGACAUAAAAAACAAAGCUACAUAGUUUAACUUUGGAGCCUUUUUCCACAGCGUUAGACAUACGACAGAGAAAUUUACAUUUCUCAAAAUGACUAUAUGCUUUUUUUUUAACAAAUCCAAAGAUGUGCUUUUUGUGGACUGUUUUAAAUGCAAGAAUUGCUCUUCCAGAAAAUGUGCAUAAUGCAUAUAAUUUUCUGCGUUGGUCGGGACGGACAUGCAAUGGCUCUUGAACAGCUCCAAAUAAAAACAGCAGUAAUCUCAGAGUCUUGUCCUGUUAUUUAGUGUUCAUAGAAGGAUUUUUAAUCCUCUUCUUUGAAACGCUUAGUCAUUAGACACAGUCACCCUGUUCUCUUCUCUUCAUUUUACGAAAUAUCACAUGUGUGCCCCUGCCAUCUGCCAGCUCUGAGGAGAUGCAACAGUUACGGAGUAAUAAAUCUAUGAUUGUUUUAGUGUUUAUUGCUAGAGUUGAGAUUCAGCCAUGUCGUGACCUCAGUGAGGUCAACCCUGUUUUCAUCAUCUUCUCCUCUUCUUACCAAUUUCUCCCUAAGAGAGUCUGAUGCCCCCAUGUGAAAAGCUUCUCUGUAAGGUCACAAAAUUGUCCCACUGCCCAAUGUUUGCAGGGCUGAUGGGGGGAUCUUGAUGAGGCUGGGGAUAAAACAUGAAAAUAAAUUCUCAGAGAUAAAAAAAGUCCUUCUGGAGUCAGAUUCUGUGACAGACUUUGCUUUGUCAACAAAUCACAAAUUUGCGCUUCUAAUCCAAUUAUUCAGUCAUGUUGCGUCAGAUAAACGGCCUUGCUACUGUGCCGAAAGUCCCAGAAGGCUGAGUCAUGAAUCGGAAAAGGUACAGAGGAAGCAAAGAGGCUUUGAUGGACCAAUCAAAUUACACGUGUAGCUUUUCUCAGGAUUAACCAGCUGGUUGAAUCAUUAAAUGGACAUCAGCUUGUUCUUAAUGUAAAGGUUAAACCUGUUUAUCACUUGUUUUUCUUUCAUGAUACACAAGCAGGGCCAGGAACAGGUCUUAGUCCGCUCUCAAGUUACAUAGUAAGUACACUACCCAGAUAGUCAACCAUUUCUGUCAAAAUCACUAUAUUACUUACUAGAAAUGUCAUCAUAUGUUCUUCAAUCUCUCAAGUCGUCAGAAAAGGAGGAUAAGAAUAUAUUUAAUAAUGGUACUGUACUUGUAAAGAGCUUCAAUGAAGAUAAACAAAGCCAAAAAAUGAUAUCAUGGCAGGCUCCGCAGCGAUGUUGAUGAUAAAUGCCAGCUACAUUUAAUGCACAACUUAAAUUGUGUUGCAGGUCAUAGAGUCAUCAGCGUCCUAAUGUUUAGUGCUUAAAUUUGUGUUCACGUUAUACUGAUAUUAAACUGUUAUGUAACAUAACCUGGAAGAGAAAACCAUAUUUUUAACCGUUUUGAUGGAAUGUAUUCUAUUGCAAUAACAAUUCAUAUGAACUUAAUAACCAUCUGCACCAUUUAGCAGCAUUAGAUGGGGGGAAGCUUUGUGAGAUAUGCCAUCAGCAUAGCUAUAAAUAUGCUUUUAGCCACAGUGCUUAUUGAGAAAUCUUGUUGAAGGAUGGCUUGAAUGAUGUAUCAUAUGCCAUUAUUUAUCAAGAAAGGCCAUAUCUAGGUGGCAAGUGUCUUCUGCUGGCACCAGUGAUUGAUGUAAAAAGCAUCAAGAAGGGUUUAAGAGGCCAUCCAUCAGAUAUACUUGAUGGUAAGAUUGAUUCCUAUUCAAUGUAUAAGUUGAUUUUUAGAUUUCAAAGUGUGGUAGAUUUAAGAUUUAGUUCUCUCAUCAAGUAAACACAUUUACAGUGCAAUCUGAGCAAUAAGUCAAUGAUGCAUGAGUAUGUGUAUGUUUUGACAUUUCAGAGCAUUUCAGCAAAGAGUAACAGCACUUUUCUGUGCUUAUGCACAGCAAAUCUUUUAAUAACAGCCACUUGAAAUCCACACUGAAAUAUGACACAUAAACUGUUCAGUCGGAGGUAAACAGGUCAGAGUGUAAUGAUCAAUGAACUUGUUAAGAAUAAACUUCACUUACUUGUUUUUAACAUCAUAA